GUUUGACUGCGCCAUUCUAACAUCCUGUUUCGACCAACAUCAUCAUCAUCAUGAAGGGCUUUGUUCUUGCUGCACUUGCUGUGUUGAUCCCCUGCUGUGUGGGUUCCCUCAUCGUGGGUGGACAAGAGUCUGUCGCACACAGCCGACCCUACCAGGUAGCCAUCAUGAACAAGUACAAAAGUCAAUUCUGUGGUGGAACUUUAGUUCAUAACCGUUGGGUUGUCACCGCUGCGCACUGCUCCCCUGGAAAUGGUCGGGAUGCGUGGGUUGGCCUUGGUUAUCAUAAAAUUGACGAUGACACUGACACGCAGUUUGUCGAAGGCACUUGGAACGAUCAUAUAGAUUUUGGCUUUGGUGGUCACGGUCUGAAUAACGACAUCUCCUUGAUUCAUCUUAAAACACCCGUCGCCAUGAACAGUGAAGUUAAAGCUAUCGGCAUCUCUUCCAGCGAGCCAAAGAAGGGAUUGGAACUGCUCGUUAGCGGAUGGGGAAACCUUGACCCAAGCACCUGGGAUCCUCCAAUUGCAUUGCAUGAGGUGGUUGUGUACGCAGACAGUCAUCAGGAGUGCGCUGCCGCUUAUGGCACCAUCACUCAAAACAUGUUCUGUGCCAGUGUGUACGGAGGAGGUAAAGACGCCUGCCAGGGUGACAGCGGUGGACCAAUCGUCAGUAACUUCGCCGCGGACUCCCAUCAGGCUGGUGUACUGCUUGAGGGUAUUGUGAGCUGGGGUUGGGGCUGCGCAGAGGCCGCACAUCCUGGAGUCUACACCAAGAUAUCAAAUUAUUGUGACUGGAUUUCCCAGAAAACAGGUGGCGAAGUCAAAUGUGUGUAAACAGAUACGCCGUGUUGCUUAGAAAAAGAACGUACCAGAAAUAUACAGCUGGUUCGCUUUGUUGGUGAAGCCGUUUAGAAUUUAAAGCCGACAAUCUUAAAGUCUCAACAAUGAACGUUUUAAUAACGUUCCAAUAACGAAAUAGUUUGCGUGUAAUACAGAUACGCUGUGCACAUAAUUAUAUUUACAACCGGUUUGGUUUUUGAUGAAGCCGUUUGGAACCUACCGCAGACAAUUUAAUAUAUAAAGCUCUUUAAAAAUACACAACGUUUUCCAACAAUACAAACUAUUGGCGUCAGGAAGAAUGUAUACUGUUAAUGUAUUACCCUAAAUUGAAUGUAGCCCAAUCACGGUGUUCAUGUCGUUUUAAUUAGUGUGUAACGUUUUAAUUAUUAAAUUGAAAUCAUACGCACGGGCUUUUGAACAAUAAACCAGAUAAAUUGUGCACUGAAAAUAUAA